AUGGCCCCAUCUCACCCGCUCCGGCGUGUGUCGACCGGCUCCCUCAACUCCCUCGCACGAUCAACAGACCGCCCUCAGUCCAAUGCUGGCCUCGACGUGCUUGCGCCCGCACUGCAAGACCUCGCUGACGAGGUUGCCGCUCUAAGCACGAACACGCAGCGUAUCAGCGCGCUGCAUGACGCUCUGGGCCAGUUCAACGAGGGCUUCGCCGCCUAUCUGUAUGCACUGAAGAUGAACGCCUUUUGUGUUGAGUGGCCGCAGGCGCCGAACGACUCGACUCUUGCCCGAUUGCAGCAGCUUGGCGGGCAGCUUCAGCCCGACCCGGAACCGACGCCUUCCCCGCCACCACAGCCGGCAUCGCAGGUACAGCAACGAGAAGACGAGGACGAGAACGCCGCGGCGGACAUGACUUAUGCUACUGCGUACAGCCCCGAACCCAAACGCUCGGCGCCGAGUCGGUCGCGCGUGCCCCCGCCACGAGCUGGAGGUGCCGGAGUGCCGGUGAAGAAGAAGCCGGCAGGACCAGGACUCGCGGAGAGAAAGGCUGCCGCAGCUGCCAAGAAGAAGCGCGACAUCAAGAUCUCGAAGCUGAUCGACUCGUCUCUGCCGCUUGAGUACCGCGGUGCGAACCGGGAUAACAGGAUCACGAUGGAGGGCGUCAUUGAGCGGUUGAUGGUGGACUAUGAGAACGACGGCGACGGUCUGGCCAGCAGUCGCCGACUUUGUCAAGCCGGAUCAACCGCACCCGCGCGUGAACAAGUGUCUGAUCGCGCUCGUCGCGAAGAAGCUCGUGACGAAGCGGAGCGAGAACGUGACCAGGAGGCAUCUACGGGCCGCGAUCUCGAUGCUCAAUCGGAGGAAGGACGUGCCCAUUAA